AUGGCAUACCACGACAACACCACGGCGCGCAACGACUAUGGCACCACUUAUCAGCCCGAGCGCGAAACCGGUCUUUUGACUCGCUGGGUUCCAGAGAAGCUCAAACACUCUGGCCUCUAUCGUUGGUUCCUCCGCUUGACUCACAUUGGACAAUUCCUCUCGUCUAUAAUCUCCCUCGGACUCUUCUCUGCUCGUCUCCGCAAAGUCUACAAGAUUGUCAACGUCAUUAAGACCCGACGAGGUGUCAGUGCCGCAUUCAGCGCGGUCGAAGGCAUCCUCGCUGCCGCUGCGCUAUACACCCUCAUUGGCAUGAUCCUCUCUUUGCUUCUCAAAGGUGGUGGUCCUAGAUGGCUUCGCUGGCUUUGGGUCCUUCUCGACAUUGCUUUCGUCGGAGCUUUCAUUGCCGUUUCUGUUCUCACACGUCCCAAUGGAGGUCCUGCUGGUCCAAGACACUGCUACGACACUCGGGGUGUGCAGGGCGUUUUUGGGAACAGCUCCGACACCACAGAUGACAGCUGCAACUUGCCCUGGGGAACAUUCAUCUUGGCCAUUUUCAGCACUCUUUUCCAUGCUGUCACUGCAGCCUUCCACGAAGUCCGUGAGCGCCGCAAGGAACACCACGUCGAGAAAUACCCUGCCCAAGACCCUUGCGAGCAGCCAAGCCAUGUUGGACAGACUCAUGUUCCUCAAACUCAUGCUGGCCAGACUCACGUUCCCCAGACUCAUGCUCAGCCAGGUUAUGCCCCACAAGGACAUGUCCAGGAAGGUCAUGUCGGCAACAACAGAGUGGCGUACUAA